ACCAUCUCCAACAAUGUGACCGUAUGCAGCAAUGCUCGUUCUGCUAUUUCUCAUCCAGUUUGCCUCAGCAGCAGAUUGGAUGGAAGGCUGGGCAGCAUCUUUACAUCUCAAGCAGGAGAGAAUUGGUGCUGGAAGAAGACUCAGUGGAACUGUGGAAGAUUCCCCACAUCACUACUCUUCUCCAAGUCCGGCAGCGACAGCUACUACAACUACGACCACAACGACAACAACGACCACAUCCACUACCACUACAACCACUACAACCACUACAACCACUAGUCCUGCAAUGGCAAUAGCGGAUGCUCCUCCGCCCAAAAUAUUUGAAACAACUUCCACCUCAACGACGCUUGGAACAUCAGCCAAAGCCGGGACUCUGACUACGCUUGACCCAGAGGACAACGUCCUUGACCCAAACUUUUGGGGAAAAGACUUUUCAGGUGUAACCGAUCCUCCGACAACCAGCACGAGCACGGUGACCACGACUGAGGAACUUCUGACUUCGCCGGAGUACCGUGGGCCACCUACCCUGCCAGGUUCGGAGACGACAAUUUCACCACUCAUCACCUUUCAAGCAGAAGGCUAUUGUCCAGAUGAGUGCAAGAAUGGUUGUCCCGCUUGCAACACCGUUUGCAGAGCCUGCAGUUUUUGCAACCCGGAGGCUGCCGGGCCGUUCGGAAAAGCAGCAGAGUACUGCAAAGCGGAUGUGAAGGCGUCUACAAAAGGGCAAACACUGCAUUGGACCGUGCCACCUACGCAUGGCAAAGAGACAGUUGGCACCAUCGAGAUGGAGGUUCGCUGCAGAACUCCUUGCUUCGAGGUUUGGUUCUCAAACGUCCCCAGCUUCGCAAGCUACCAGACCCAGAUUGUUCGAGACACCGAGCUAGCCUUGCCCGAGGUGGAAGCCUUUGCUUACGCCAGGGUGAGAGCUUUGCAAUAUUCUGAGGUGUCGGGUGAAGCAGCCCACAGUGCAUGGAGCAAUACGAUCAUUUGGGGCGAUGACUCUGAUGAGGCAACGAUUCCUCCAUCUAGCACAGUCACGACUCAAACCUUUACCACUGCAACAACUGUGACAGUGACAACGUUCACCAUCACCACUACAGCUACGACUUUGCCGGCUGGGUUGCCCACAACCAUGGAGCCCAUGUGGUUUCUUCCAGAAGGGCAAUUGCCGGAGUCGCCUGAAAAAGAUGGCGAUCAACCUGAUGGCAUCGAGGCAACGAUUAGCUUUGCUUCAACACCUCAGGCAGUCCUGGGCAUGAGUUCUGUGGCAAAAACGCAGGCUUUGCAGGCAAGCCUUUCCUCCAUGCUGGAAGUGCAGACUGGCAAGGUGAAGGUUCUGGCGCUCCGAGCAGCCAAAGUAUUGCUGCCUCGCGACCAGAGCCAAGUGAGUUUUACGCCUUCGCUCCGGUCACGCCGGUUAAUCAGCAUGCAGCACUUGACGGGCGAAGUGCAGGCAGAUUUUGUGGUGCUUUGUGCUGAUGCCAAAGAGCGUCACACCAUUACAGCAGCAAUCCAGGCCAUUCUGCUGGAUGAAAGUGCCAAGCAGCGGUUUGUCAAUGCUUUCAAGGCAUUGUCCAACUCGCCCGUCGAGGUUGACAGCGUGCAAUGCGCAAUGGUCGAUCGGU